AUGCUAUCCCACAGUGCCAUGGUGAAGCAAAGGAAACAGCAAGCUUCAGCUAUCGCAGAGGAAAUCCAUGGACAUGAUGUCGACGGCAUGAACCUGGGCAAAAAAGUUAGCAUCCCCAGAGACAUCAUGAUAGAAGAAUUGUCCCAUUUCAGUAAUCGUGGUGCCAGACUGUUUAAGAUGCGUCAAAGAAGAUCUGACAAAUACACCUUUGAAAAUUUCCAGUAUGAAACUAAAGCACAAAUAAAUCACAAUAUCGCCAUGCAGAAUGGGAGAAUUGAUGGAAGCAACCUAGAAGGUGGCUCACAGCAAGGCCCCUCAACUCCCCCCAACACCCCAGAUCCACGAAGCCCCCCAAAUCCAGAGAGCAUUGCACCAGGAUAUUCUGGACCACUGAAGGAAAUUCCCCCUGAAAGAUUUAACACGACGGCUGUUCCUAAGUACUACCAGUCUCCGUGGGAGCAGGCCAUUGGCGGCGAUCCGGAGCUCCUGGAGGCUUUGUACCCGAAACUUUUCAUGCCUGAAGGAAAGGCAGAACUGCCAGAUUACAGGAGCUUCAACAGGGUUGCCACUCCCUUUGGAGGUUUUGAAAAAGCAUCAAAAAUGGUUAAGUUCAAAGUUCCGGAUUUUGAACUGCUGCUGCUAACAGACCCCAGGUUCUUGGCCUUUGCCAAUCCUCUUUCAGGCAGGCGAUGCUUUAACAGGACACCGAAGGGAUGGAUAUCUGAGAAUGUUCCUGUUGUCAUAACAACUGAGCCUACAGAAGACGCCACUGUACCAGAAUCAGAUGACCUGUGA